CGUAGAAGAAGAAGAACCACAACAACGAUGCAGCGCGACAAGACCAGCAACGCCAGCGCGGCUGAAAAGCCGGACCGCGAGGCCGCCAUCAUGUCCAAAUAUUACGACGGAGUGGAGUUUCCUUUCUGUGACGAGUUCAGCAAGUACGAGAAGAUGGCCAAGAUCGGCCAGGGCACCUUUGGGGAGGUGUUUAAGGCGAAGCACCGGCAGACGGGGAAGAAAGUCGCCCUGAAGAAAGUGCUGAUGGAGAACGAGAAGGAAGGGUUCCCGAUAACGGCUCUGAGGGAGAUCAAGAUCCUGCAGCUGCUCAAACACGAGAACGUGGUGAACCUGAUCGAGAUCUGCCGAACCAAAGCGACGCAGUUCAACCGCUACAAGGGCAGCAUUUACCUCGUCUUCGACUUCUGCGAGCACGACCUGGCGGGGUUGCUAAGCAACGCCAACGUGAAGUUCACGCUGUCGGAGAUCAAGAAGGUCAUGCAGAUGCUGCUGAACGGCCUGUACUACAUCCACAGGAACAAGAUCCUCCACCGGGACAUGAAAGCCGCCAACGUCCUGAUCACCCGCGACGGCGUCCUGAAGCUCGCCGACUUCGGGCUAGCGCGAGCCUUUAGCCUAGCGAAGAACAGCCAGGGGAACCGCUACACCAACCGCGUGGUGACGCUGUGGUACCGGCCGCCGGAGCUGCUGCUGGGCGAGCGAGACUACGGCCCCCCCAUCGACCUCUGGGGGGCCGGCUGCAUCAUGGCGGAGAUGUGGACCCGAUCUCCCAUCAUGCAGGGCAACACGGAGCAGCACCAGCUGACCCUGAUCAGCCAGCUGUGCGGCUCCAUCACGGCCGAGGUCUGGCCCGGCGUGGAUAAGAAGUACGAGCUGUACCAGAAGAUGGAGCUUCCGAAGGGCCAGAAGAGGAAGGUGAAGGACCGUCUGAAGGCGUACGUGAAGGAUCCGUACGCCCUGGACCUGAUCGACAAGCUGCUGGUCCUGGACCCGGCCCAGCGCACCGACAGCGACGACGCCCUCAACCACGACUUCUUCUGGUCCGACCCCAUGCCGUCGGACCUGAAGAACAUGCUCUCCACCCACAACACGUCCAUGUUCGAGUACCUGGCGCCGCCGCGCCGCCGCGGCCACCUGCCGCAGCAGCAGCCCAACCAGAACCGGAACCCGGCCGCCACCAGCCAGACCGAGUUCGACCGGGUCUUUUAGUGGACAAUUCAAGACUUUUAUUUUGAAAAAAAGGUCUUUUAGUGGACACUUCACGACUUUUAUUUUGAAAAAAGGUCUUUUAGUGGACACUUCACUUUUAUUUUGAAAAAAGUUUUUUUUUUUUCCAGGUCUUUUAGUGGACGCUUCACGACUUUUAUUUUGGAAAAAAAGGUCUUUUUUUCCGUGUCUUAGUGGACGCUUCACGACUUUUAUUUUGAAAAAAGGUCUUUUGUUCCCGGUCUUUUAGUGGACACUCGCGACUUUUAUUUUGAAAAAAGGUCUUUUUUUCCCAGUCUUUUAGUGGACACUCACGACUUUUAUUUUGAAAAAAGGUCUUUUUUUCCGGGUCUUUUAGUGGACACUUCACCACUUUUAUUUUGAAAAAGGGUCUUUUAGUGGACACUUCACGACUUUUAUUUUGAAAAAAGGUAUUUUUUUUCCGGGUCUUUUAGUGGACACUUCACCACUUUUAUUUUGAAAAAGGGUCUUUUAGUGGACACUUCACGACUUUUAUUUUGAAAAAAGGUCUUUUAGUGGACACUUCACGACUUUUAUUUUGAAAAAAGGUCUUUUUUUUUUUUUCUCCCCCGGGUCUUUUAGUGGACACUUAACGACUUUUAUUUUGAAAAAAGGUCUUUUAGUGGACACUUCACUUUUAUUUUGAAAACAGUUUUUUUUUUUUUUUUUCAGGUCUUUUAGUGGACGCUUCACGACUUUUAUUUUGAAAAAAUGUUUUUUUUUCCGGGUCUUUUAGUGGACACUCACGACUUUUAUUUUGAAAAAAGGUCUUUUUUUUCCCGGUCUUUUAGUGGACACUCACGACUUUUAUUUUGAAAAAAGGUCUUUUUUUCCCGGUCUUUUAGUGGACACUCACGACUUUUAUUUUGAAAAAGGGUCUUUUAGUGGACACUUCACGACUUUUAUUUUGAAAAAGGGUCUUUUAGUGGACACUUCACGACUUUUAUUUUGAAAAAAGGUCUUUUUUUUCCGGGUCUUUUAGUGGACACUUCACCACUUUUAUUUUGAAAAAGGGUCUUUUAGUGGACACUUCACGACUUUUAUUUUGAAAAAAGGUCUUUUAGUGGACACUUCACCACUUUUAUUUUGAAAAAGGGUCUUUUAGUGGACACUUCACGACUUUUAUUUUGAAAAAAGGUCUUCUUUUUCCGGGUCUUUUAGUGGACACUUCACCACUUUUAUUUUGAAAAAGGGUCUUUUAGUGGACACUUCACGACUUUUAUUUUGAAAAAAGGUCUUUUAGUGGACGCUUCACGACUUUUAUUUUGAAAAAAUUACUUUUUUUUUUCCAGGUCUUUUAGUGGACACUUCACGACUUUUAUUUUGAAAAAAGGUCUUUUAGUGGACACUUCACGACUUUUAUUUUGAAAAAAGGUCUUUUAGUGGACACUUCACAACUUUUAUUUUUUUUUCCUUUUGCACAUUUCUG